AUGAGGCCUCUUGUGUUAGUGGCAAUCUCGCUUCUUGGUUCCUGUUUCGCGGAUAGUAGUGUUCUACGACCAUGUUUCGAGCGAUAUGCAAAUCAUCGGCUGGUGAAUUUAAGACCGUAUCACAGUGAAUGGAGAAUGCGUACCGAGGAUAUGUGUUUGCUUUUCUGUGCACAGUCAGCGUCUCGCUGCCGUUCGGUGGUCUACGAUACCGUCCAACACAUUUGCCAUUAUUUUUCGGAUGAAGGCGUAGAUCAAGCAAUUCUGUCAGCGAAAAUGACCUACCUUCGUGUCGUCUCUCAAUCCUGUCUGCAAUCCAAUGCGGAAGUGGCUUCAGAUCCAAACAUCUCUCCUUCAGAUGCUCCACCAGUACUUCUCCCAACUUCUGGAUUCCCACAAAAUAAUGAUAUUAUCCAGCAGGAGCUGUCAAUUCCUCAACCACCAAUGGAAACCCCAGAAACUGUCACUUUUGAGUCUCCAGAGACGACUACUGUAGUGACUACGCCGAUGAGCAAUGACGACGACGUUCUAGAAGUUUCGACGACCCAAAAAACUGUGGAAGAAGACGUGAAAAUCGAUGAAUCCGAGUUGGACGCAGAAUUAAAGUCCGUUAUGGAACCAUCCCAAUUCACUGGAUCCUUCAGUGAUUCUGAAUCUCAAAUCGAUAAUAAUGGGGUGUAUCGGGAUAAGACGUCAAGUGAAAGAAGAUGGAUGGAUUCGAUGGAAAAGAUGGAUUCCAAACCAUCGGAAAUCAAAAAAUCGAUAGAUCAGAAAUUGGAAGCUUUGAAGAUUGAAGACAGUGAAAAAUAUGAGAAAUUGAUGGGAACCUCUGCUGAAAAAUCUGAAGAAAAAUCUGCAGAAAAAGAAGUCCAGGAGCUCAAGCAGAACUUGAGAUACGGUGCAAAAGUGAUCAAGUUCGAUGAGGAGGCGGCGUUCCGAAAACAAUCCGAACUUCGGCGAAAACCUGUUGGACGACCAAACCUCAGACCAGUUACCAUCUCCUCCACUAGCUAUAUUCAGAAGGCUAAAUCGUUUUUGGAUGAGUUGAAUGAGACGAAUGAUGAGAUUGAGGGAGGAAACGUUAUUACCACUGAAUGCCAAUCGGACGAUGUGGAUGUCUGGAUCGCGUUCGAGAACAGUGAGCAAGCCGAUGAGCACGAGGAUUCAGAGACAGAUUCCAAUGUUCCAUCAAGAAAAGAGUGCCAGAAGAUUUGUCAAGAGAAGAACUGCCGAUCAUUCACAUAUUUCGAAAAGACACAUACGUGUCAUUUGAGCUCCAAGUCUGACGGUGUCACUCUUCAAGCACCGUCUUCUGGAGACUUCACAGCUUCAACGUCCACAAAAUUCUGCUACCCCCGAACAUUUUCCGUGUUCGACGGAUGCUCGAAUUUCGUUGCCUUCCGUGACUACUCGGUGAGAAUUGAAGCCGUUGAGGAGUUUGAUGGAUUGCCACGUGGCUACGAAGGAAUGCAAUUGUGUGUGGAGUUGUGUGUACUGUCCACAAGAUACACUUGCCGAUCAUCCACUUUCAAUCCGAUCACUGGAAAAUGCAGACUGCUGACGGAGGAUUCGUUGUCGAGUCCUGAUGAAUUUAAAUAUGACGAAUUCCAGAAAGAUGUGUAUUUUGAGAAUGGGUGUACGAACGCUGGAAAUGAUCAUGCUGUAGUAGCCAUCAAGCCAAAACCCAAGAAAAUGAAGAAGCGAGUCCGCAAGGCCAAGAAGCUCCGUCGUCGUCAUUAG